UGGGGAAGUGGUCAGCAAAUGGCUCAAGUUUAUUUUUUAAGGAGCGUUAACACAUCUUUUAUGGAUACUUUUGUGAAAAGGAAAUCUACUUCUAGGCUGAGAAGCUUUAUGUUAUGCACGGGGCUAUUUGCCUGUGCACAUGCCCGGGAAAGAGGAAAGAAACUAUGAUUACAUAUGGCAUAAUGUGAAAAUCGUUAACAUACUUUUACUUAGUUACCUAUCAUAAGUGCUAUGAGAAGCAUUUCAGUAGUAUGCGGCAGCUGAAACUUGAAAUAGGAAGUCAUGAAAGACACUGGAAAUAGCAGAACUUGACACAAACUUGGAAUAACCAUUUCGAAGACAAACUGGGGGGAGACGUUGCAAAGGCAAUCUUCCUUUACUACUAUGAGCACUACAAUUACCAACUCUGUUGGCACAUGUUGAAUGUCUCCCGUGCGUAUGGACGCUAAAUUGUUAUUAUAAAUUAGUGACUGCAGUAAUCAAUGGUUUAUCAGGCUUUGAUGAGUUACUCAAAGUUGAUAGCAGGUUCAAUUCAUUUAAAGAUACAUUGUUUGGAAAGGGUUCUAAGGACUUUCAGCGUGUCAUUGUUGACAAGGAACAGAACACAAAACUGGAUCAGGAAAUAGAAGAGUUUCUACUCCUUUUGUCUCCGUACCUGGAAAAGCAGGCAUCUAUUAAAGCUCUGGAAUGGCUAAUUUACAGGUAUAUGGUGAACUGUAUGAAUCGCCGCUCUUUGUUGAUGUGUAUCUUUCCCUAUUAUGAGUCGCCACUAUUUGCUCGUGUUCUACAGAUAAUUGAAAUAGAGCGUAAAACAGAUGAGUGGUACUGGCUAGUGAAAGCUCAGAAGUCACAUCGACUGCUGAGUAAGAAGACUAUUUUUUCACGCUGGAUUAGCAGCCAAGAUUUCAGGAGUUUUCUUUCUAACUAUCUUUUGAAAAUGCUGAAGGUACACAAGACGGAGACCAGUGUGAAAAUUGCCAUUUCUCUUUAUGUAUCAACAAUUAUUGGUGGUCUUUGUUUACUACAUCAAGUGAAGGAGGAGCACCUCAUGUACAUAGUCAAGAUGCUUCCCACAUGCUUACUUUCUGACCACCAGGAGCUGAUUGCUGGGGCUUACUUGAUUCUGUCUCAUUUAGCCAUAAAUGCAAAGCUAUCUGAUGACUUGUUACAAAGUGUUGUGAAAUUGAUAGGGGAGAGUACUCCAUCUGGUGACCUGGAAAAGCGUUGCGUGGAGUGUCUGGUUAUUUUAUGCCAACAUCAAGAUAUAGUAGCUUUCAGUCCUGACAAUAUUUUACUUCUUGAUAGCAAGAUCUUUAUAUCUCGAAAUCUUCGGGACAUGGCAAAGACGAAAAGUGUGGCACCUUUUAUUCUAGCUUACUUCAGAGGCUUUGUUGGAUGGUUGUUGAGUGAUGGUGAAAAAACCGAAAACUGGAAGGUAGAUAAGUUUUUGAAAUUCAUGCACUGGAUACAGUCUCUGCGGUUCUCUUUGUCAGACUCUACCAAAGUUAUAAGAUGUGUGCUAGAAGUUUGGAAGCAGAAUUUCAAACCAUUAAAAGAUCUGAAGAGCUCUCUGAGAAUGGCAGAAGUGGUGGGAUUGCUUGAAGUUAAUUACCCUGAUGGCUACAGCCAAGCUAUUGCAGAGUUUACUGCAAAUAAGAAGAAUGAACAUAGAGAGGUCAUUGAAGAAAUGUUGCUUUCUGAUUCUGGCACUGAUGGAACUUCCGUCAAGUUUAUUCAUCUGGUUCACCCUGAAGAUAGUGUGAGAUUAGCAGCUGCUGAGAAGUUUGCCAAUAGGUUAUCAAGAGGACUGGUAAGGGAGUUAAAACAUGAAAGAAACAAGGAGAUGAUCAUGUUGAAUCUAACUUACAUGUUGGCAGACGAUUCCCCCGAAGUUGUCGUAAAAGGUCUUUCUGUCGAAAAGAUUGUGGACCUACUGGACACUCCUGUCAUUAUCAAGGAAUGUAAGAGACUUAUUAUAAAAAGUGAAACACAAGGCAAAGCUUGGAACCAAGUAAAAACGUUAAGUGCUGGAUGUUUAGCAAAAGCACUUUCCCAGAAACACUGUUCUGAUGAGAAUGAAAUGAAUGAUGCAGUUUAUGUCUUUUUGCCUUUCAUAUUGUGCCCCAAGAGUAAUAUAGAUGUGAAAAUUGCAAAGACAAUUUUGAAGUCAGAAUAUGGUAGGGGUGUUCCACUUUUGAAUGCCAUUGCCUGUUAUAUGAGUGUUGUGAUUAGUGAUGAAAAUAUUGAAAGAAAAGAAUACUGUAGCAGAAUAUGGCAAAUACUACCAAAAGUUGUACAUAAUAUGUCUGCUAGUGACAGUUGCGUAUGGGAGCUAAUUAGGAAGCAGUUAAAACAAGAGAAUAAUCUUAUGCAUCAGUUCAUAUCUUUGGUACUACUCUAUUUUGGAUUAACAGAUAAAAAGAUGGACAAAGGUUUACUUCUGAAGUUAGCCCAUUUGGCCAUGGAUUUUUCUUUGAUGAGCAUGGAAAACUUCAAGUUGCUUAUAUCCUGUGAUGGACUGGAAAAGACAAACAGUGAAUUGGCUGUCAAAGAGCGCCUCACUGUCAUUCCUACUAUUGGUACAAUGUUCAUGUCUGUCUGUAUAUUUGAAGAUGACAUUUUAUGGGAAGAAUACACAUUGCUUUUCAGUGGAGAAACAGUCUAA